GAUUCGGUGAACGUCGAUGUUAUUGACGUCGAGGGCUCUACACUUGAGGCCAUCACUGCGCUGGUGUCGGAAGAUAACAAUCAUGAAAUCAAGCUAAGAACCAUGACGUGGCAAAAAGCAGCCUGGCUUUUGGCUGGCGAUCAGGUGUGUCUGGCUGUCAUGGCGCAGACGUGGUCGCUGUCUGUGCUGGGCUGGGUGCCUGGUCUGAUCACCAUGUUCCUCGCAGGUACUCUAUUCUUUAUUACCUCAAUGACCAUGCAUAAGUUUAUCAUGAAGUAUCCCCAGAUCAUGGACAUCUGCGAUUUCGGAUACUACGCGUUCGGCAAGAGCCGCAUCGCGUACAACUUUGCUGCGUUCAUGCUGAUGUGCAACAACGUCAUCUUGAUCGGUUUCCAUAUCCUGACCGCGGCCAGGAUCUUGAACACGCUCUCGGAGCACUCUCUGUGCACUGUCGUCUUCAACGUUAUUGCGACAAUCAUGGGUAUUGUAUUCUCUCUUCCGAGGACCUUGCAUCAUGUCUCCUUCAUGUCGAUGUUCUCUGCAUUCUGCAUGGCGAUGGCGAUCCUGCUGUUUGUUAUCUUUGCCGGUAUUGGUGGUCAUCCCUAUGUGGACCCCGAUACGACGUACCCUUACAGUGGUGAGCCCGUGCGGACAUAUGCCUUCCCUCCGCCUGGCACCACCUGGGUCCAGUGCAUGAAUGCGAUGCUGAACAUCACUUUCCUCUGGGUCCCUCAGAUCCUUUUCCCUACGUUCAUCGCUGAGAUGAAGCGGCCGCAAGACUUCCCCAAGUCGCUCGGUGUGUUGACUGGUAUCUCGGUCUUCCUCUUUAUUGUUCCCCCCUCGAUUGGCUUCCGGUACCUGGGCCAGUACUCGGUCGCGCCUGCUUUCGGCAGUCUGGGCAACCUCAAUUACAAGAAAGCGUCGUUCGCGUUUGUGAUCGUGCCUACUGUUAUUAUUGGCUCGAUCUAUGCGAACGUUAGCGCCAAGUUCAUUUAUUACAAGUUGCUGAAGAACUCCAAACACGCUCACAGCAACACGGUGAUUGGAUGGGGUGUGUGGUUCCUCGUCAUGGCCAUCAUUUGGAUCCUGGGCUUCAUCUUCGCCGAGGUUGUUCCGAGCAUGGGUGAUUUCCUGUCCCUUCUCGGUGCUGCCUUUGACUCCUUCUUCGGUUUCAUUUUCUUUGCCGUUGCAUACUGGCAGCUGCACAAGCGCCAGCUCUUCAAGGGCCUAAGCAGGUCCAUUAUGACUUGCAUCCACGCGUUUAUCAUGGCCUGUGGAUUGUUCAUCCUUGGUCCGGGUCUGUACGCCGCUGUGGAGGCCAUUAUUGACGAUUACUCUGGCAGCACGAAGCCUGCGUUCAGCUGCGACAAUGUUGCGAUCUAA